CUGAAUAGUACUUAAGGGAAGUACGCAAGCUGUGUCAGAGUCGCAGUGAAAAGGGACAGUACUACACUCCACAGUAUGUACUAGUAGGUUAAAUAGUGCGCUCUAAAUGUAAAAGGCGCAGAAGGGUAUUUAUAGGGACUUGUUUAGUGCGUAUUAGUUUGGCAUACUCGUUAGUAUGGAAGUGCGGAUUUGGCCCUAUUGGCAUGUCCGAUGCUGUUGCGCGGAACCGGGGGCUUUAAUGACGCAGAAGAAAGAGCGGAAUUAAGGCUGUGCGCUUCUUUAAAGCAUCCCAUGUGAUAAUUAUCCUCUAUUACUCUAUUUUAUUAACUUAUUAUUAGUUUUCUGUGUUGGUUUUUUACGCGGUUACACGAGCUGCGAUUUCCACGCGUACUAAUCUCUCCGCGUGCGUGUGAGCGAGCGCGAGCGCGCAAAAGAGAGCGAGAGACAGCGAGACAGAGGGCACGCGCGGCUCUAUAUGACGUCACUCCCUGGUUUAUUGUAAAUAAAUGCCGCGAGUUGGAGCAUCAGGAAGCCUGGAGUCUGCAGCAGCAGCAGCAGGCAGUGACAGCUGUUUGGGCCAGACAUUUGAGAAGAGGAGCACUGAGAAGAACAGCCUCAGGGCUUAACCAAAGACAUACUCACACACAAGUACCACACCUGCUUAACCUUGCAUCCUUGCCAUUUGGCUGAAACCUUGAGAGGGACAAGUAUUAGGCAUACACACCACCUAAAACAGUCUGUAUACCAUAUAUCUAGUGGUGAGACAACUCAGUUUUAAUGCCACUCAAGGAUUUAACGUACUCUUAAGAACAACAAGAGUUCACCAAGAGGUCUGGGGUCCAUCACGGCAGAGUAUCUGGAGUAUGCAAUCCUCAAAAGCGGAAGCUACCACCUUUAUGUUGGGAUUCCUGAGCGAAACGUGAAGGUCUCUAACUCGCCUACUGACAUUCAGGGACGCCUGGAGUACUAUUACAUUGUUAGCCAGUGCAUAUGCAUGUUUGAUCUGCUGCAAGGGGAAACAAGAGUUGCUGUGUCACCUGAUACUUUUGCUCCAUUGCUCGAGCUGUGCCAGCAAGAAUCCUGUGGGUCGCAUGCACUGUUUGUUCGUUCAUCUAUCUGUCAAGUCCUCCAUCAAAAGAGGAAUAUUAGGCAUUUAUUUGUCAAUCAAGCUGACAAACCUGGGACCAAUUAAAAGGUUAUUGGUGACUCUUGAUCUAUUGCCACCUAUAGCAGAGGAGAACUUCUCAUAAGACGGUGAGGAUUUUAUAGUGUGCAGGAAGAGACAGGACAGGACAACGGGAAAGUAAGUGAUCUGAACUUCUCUCAAAAAAGGACCAUCUGGAUCCACAACAACUCCUCAUUUUCCUGUGUCAUCCCGCUAGCUUAUAGCAAGCCUAGCCUAGGUAACAACUUUCAACUUUGACGUCAUCGCUGGAGGCAGGCUCUUAAGUCAUCGAGCAUGACGGACGCUCUGCGGCCCCCAUUUCUCCGGGUGCAGGUCCCAUGGGACGACCCCAGCACGGCUUGGUCCAGCUCCUCCACGCCCUCCCUUAGGCGGCGCCGCUUGAAAAUGCGACGUGCGAAAAAAGCACCAAACGAGCGCCUAGACAACGGAUCCCUGAGACAUGCAGGCUCUCGCUUGGCCCCCAAGGAGUAUCUGAAACUUCCUUCCAUCGAGAUAACACCAUCCAGCGACGAGGACGCCCCGUGGUCCAACUGUUCCACGCCCAGUGCCUCACCACGACGCAAACGCUUCCUCAUACGCAAGUGGCUGAAGGUGCGAGAGAAGAAGGAGCCAGUCAACGAAAGCAGCAGUCAGCAGAGCAGCCAGCAGAGCAGCCAUGAUGACGACUCAUCUCGCUUCCUGACUCCGUUUAUGCGCAGCACUGCCAGUAAUUCGACCCGGAGCAGUCCCACUUGCUCUCCGGUGUUGCGGAAGCGCUGUCGCUCGCCCACGGUGCCGAGUCUGGAGGGAGAGAACAUGGUGGAGAAGGGCUCUGAACAUUCCGACACCUCCAAGUCACCCUCAACCCCAGACCAGCUGGUAACCCGCACAUACUCGGCUCAAUCCACACGCAGCAGCUCUAAAAACUCCAAGUCUCACAAGCGACUGUCCAAAUAUGACAGACUAAGCCUGAUCAAAAAAAGUCAGAGCUGGUACAAUGUUCUCAGCCCCACCUAUAAGCAGCGAAAUGAAGAUUUCAGGAAGCUCUUCAAGCAACUCCCUGAUACAGAGCGCCUCAUUGUCGACUACUCCUGUGCUCUGCAGAGGGACAUUCUCCUGCAGGGCAGACUCUACCUCUCCGAGAACUGGAUCUGUUUCUAUAGCAACAUCUUCCGCUGGGAGACACUACUGACGGUUCGGCUCAAGGAUAUUUGCUCCAUGACGAAAGAAAAGACGGCGCGUCUCAUUCCCAAUGCCAUCCAAGUGUGCACAGAUUCUGAGAAGCACUUUUUCACAUCGUUCGGCGCGAGGGACAGGACAUACAUGAUGAUGUUCCGGCUCUGGCAAAAUGCUCUGCUGGAUAAGCCUCUGUGUCCGAAGGAACUGUGGCACUUUGUCCAUCAGUGCUAUGGUAACGAGCUCGGGUUGACCAGUGACGAUGAGGAUUAUGUCCCCCCUGAUGAUGACUUUAACAUCAUGGGUUACUCUGAAGAGAUCCCCACUGAAGAGAACGAGGUCAGUAACGACAACUCAUCCAAGAGCAGCGGAGAGAACAAACCAGACAUUAGCCCUCAAUCACACAAAAGAUCGCUCACACACUCCACCAUCACGUCCACGCCUAGCAGCACAGACCUGCCUCUGUCUUUUGCAAUUGCUCCUGAGGAAUACACGGACUGUCUGCCCGACCCAGAGCUUUUGACACUGCCUCUGCUGGUUGACGAGAGGAGCUGCGAGUCUGCGGAGGUCCCUCUUGGUCCAGUGCCCUCGCCGUCACUCGACUUCAACGAUAACGAAGACAUCCCCACCGAGCUCAGCGACUCGUCUGACACAGACGAUGACGAAGUGGAGGUGCAGGCAUUCCACGACGACCUAAACGGCCGUCAGUACAUUAACGAGGUGUUUAAGUUCAGUGUGGAUAAGAUGUACGCGUACCUUUUCACAGAGUCGCAGUUCAUGGCAGACUUCAUGGAGCAGCGCAGAUUCACAGAUGUAGUGUUUCAGCCGUGGAAGAAAGAGGAAGCAGGGAACCAGAGGAGAGAGAUCAUGUACACCAUCUCUCUCUCCAACCCACUUGCUCCCAAAACAGCCAACGUCAGUGAGACUCAGACUCUGUACAAAGCCAGCCAGGAGAACGAAUGUUACAUCAUCGAUGCAGAAGUUGUCACUCAUGAUGUUCCUUAUCACGACUAUUUCUACACACUCAACCGCUACACACUCACCCGGGUGGCCAAGAACAAGUGCCGACUCAGGGUUUCUACAGAGCUGCGCUACAGGAAGCAGCCAUGGGGAUUGGUGAAAGGUUUCAUUGAGAAGAACUUCUGGAGUGGACUGGAAGAUAACUUUAGGAGCCUCGAACUGGAGCUGUCGAAAGCCGAAGACCUGUUGUUAGAAGCACACGGGCCCUCUCCGAAAACAAAAGCCCUGAAGAACUCCACACUGAGGCGGAGAAAAAGGCCCCUCCCACACCUGCGCACACCUCACCUGGAGGAAACGCUCAGCCCAGUGACCACACCCACUGAUGAGGAGGUCAUUCAUAGGAUUAAGCACGUAUCAGCAGGCUCCACGCAAACGAGACACAUUCCUGAACACACCCCUGGGGGCGGAGCCUUCAGUAAAAUCUCCAAGUUGCUGCUCAUUGUCAGUUUUGUGAUCUGCAUAAGUCUGGUGCUGCUGGUUUUCCUCAACAUGAUGCUCUUCUAUAAGCUGUGGAUGCUGGAGUACUCUGCUCAGAGCCUAAUGACCUGGCAAGGCCUCCGUCUGGACGAGAGUAAAUUACCACAGACACAGGUGGAGUGGGCUCAACUCUUAGAGUCUCAGCAGCGCUUCCAUGAAGCUGAACUACAGAAAUGGAGAGAGAUCAUCAAAUCCUCAGUGCUGCUGCUAGACCAGAUGAAGGACUCCUUACUAAGUCUGCAGAGAGGUGUAACUUUUAGAGACUAUAGCUCAGAUUCAGACGAGAAAAGGACUCAUUACCACUGACACAUCCCCUGCAGAGCCAGCAUGUGUCACCGGGCAGCUCGAGCCACAUCUGUGUGCGAGUGUGUGUACCAGAGCGAAACAGGCCCGAACCCGUCUGUGCACUGCUGUUACACAUAGGAAGAAAAGAGAACACAGAGAAAGAGAGGGGCAACGUUCGCGGAGAGCCAAAACCUGGAAUAUGACAACUCCGGAAUCAUGGGAUUGUGAAGUUCUGCAAUCUCCCCUCUUUUUCUCUGCCGUUCUUUUAAUGAUAGUGUGAUGCUGAUUACAAAAGCUGCGGAUUCAAGAAGCGAAAUGGAGGCAAAAUGAGACUAAAAAGUUUUUUUUUAUAGUUUCAUUUGAAAUCCUCCGAUCAUUAAAGUGGUGUGAACCCUUUUCUGUUAAAUGAAGAAUCUCUGGCAUGUCAUUUCACUGAAAGGCUGCAGUGUCCCUUUUCCACAAUACACACAGUCAUUAUGGCACUCCACAGGUUUACUUUGUUACUGGUUACUGAUAUUUUGUUGUUUUUUUGUCAAUAUCUGGACUGUUAUCGAGGAAUUUUAAAGUACUACCGAAGCCACAUCAAAGUAGUAAAGUGCCUUUAAACCUAAAAAGAGCGCUUUUUGUCUGUUUUCGAGACUUCUGCUGGUGGUGAGCUGAAUCACAAACAUUACAGAGCACAAAGACAGCACUUUGGGUCAGUGCAGUGGCAGAAUUCAGUCUGUACACUCACUCCCAUCAGCCCCUGUAAAACCUGGGACUUGAAUCCUCUCACUUGUGCAAACGUGAAAAUUCAGUCACUUUACUGCUAAUUUAUUCAGCUUGCAUUUAUUAUGUAACGGAGCCCCAACGUUAAAAAUAAAUGGCCGCGUUUUUGCUUGUGAUACCACAGCACUGUAAAAAUCUCGAUUCUGAUUGGUUAAAUAUUUUUUAUUCGUUUUCAAUACCUGCAGCUUUGACAGUCAAAUUCAAAGCUUGAUUGUAUCCUAAUGUGCUCUUUUUAAUGUUAUUGUUUCUAUAACAACAAUUUACAUAGCUACGUAUAUGCCAGUCACACAAUAUAAAUGAUUAAAAGACAUUAUGAUGUGUUGAUAUAUCGUCAGAAAUAUUUCAGAUCUUUGUGGUUCCUCAUUACCGUAACCUGGUAGCUUUUUUGUCAAACUUCAAUAAAGAGAAAACAAUAGGUGCGAGUGAAGAAACCAUACUUAUAGCUGCUAUAACAGAAGUGAUAACUGGAAAUAAAUAGUUUUGCGGAUGUUAAAUACAUAAAUAGGAAUUGAUUCAAACAUUUGCUACCAAUGACUAUAAUGGCAUAAGAGGAAUAAAACAUAACAGACCAUGCUUUUAUUGGCUUCAGGGUGGUAAAAGUAACUACACAUACCAUAUGUUUUUUUAUUUAUUUUCUUCUCACUUGUCACGUGGGACACUGCAGCCAGACGUCUAAGAAGACCCGUAUUUUUAUGACAGUGUUUGGUUACUAAACUGUGAUUCAAUCUCUUAAAAAUGUUGAAAAAUGCUAUGGCUAAAUAAGAUAUAUAGUAUAUUUGAAAAUAGAAUAUAUAUAUUUAAUUUAUCUAUGUUAGAAACCUAAAUCUAGACGGGAUUAAACAUUUUUUAUCUAUUAUAUAGCGUUUACUUCAGUGUUGCACCAGCACACGUCUGUGACGUGUGCGAGGGAGUGUGAGAAACGUGUACUGUAAUAAGUAACGUCUAUGUGGGGGGUUUAUCCCCCGUGUUUUCUGUGUGUUAGUACAAGUGGACAAGUGUCUCGCGAGUGUGAGCUUUCAGGCCAUUCCACCCUACGUGUUGUGUUUCUUCAUGUCUGGUGUAUAAAGCCAAGCUGCCUUUCUCUUGCCCAGCAGUUAUUGAGCAGUAAACUUGCAGAGCCUCCAUCUCGGGCUCAGCCCCCAUCCCCCCACAUGGAGCAUGCAGUCACGUUGUUUUCCCAUUGUUUAGGGUAAACGUCUGGAUCACCGUUCUCCUGAGGUAAAAACACUGCCUGAUGAAUGCUACAUGAAUUUUCAAAGCACUGAAUGUCCUUUAUUUUCUUGUCAAAUAUAUUUGGUCAAGGAAAUUUUUUAUUUUGCACUGAAGAGACAGAGAAGGGAAAUAGCUUCGCCUGAACCAAAUAUAUUAUGAAUAUAUGUAUAGGUGUGUACAAUUAUACCAGACAUGUUUUCUUUUGUCACUGUUGUGAGUGUACGGUUGUGUUCCAAUACUGUCUGUUAUCUUCUUCCAUCACACUAUUUGACCAAGUAAAGGUUUUUUUUUAAUGAGGGCUGUCAUUAUACACUGAAGGGAUUAAAUUCAUAAUAAUUUGGACACAUUUUCUUCAUUCAAAGCAGGUUUUAAAUGGCCGACUUCUCAGUGUAUAGAGACGGAAGUAGACGUGGGAAGUAACAGAUAUUCCAACAAAUGUUUUUGACUUUUACUUUUCUAUAUUAGAAAGUGAAUUCUCUGACUGGACAUCACUACGUUUCCCUACAGUCAUAUUUAUAAAAGCAUUAGGUGAUUUUUUUUUUAAGCAUUGAAAUGUGUCCCUUGCUACAGUACAGUAGAUAACAUUCGGGAGAAUAGGAAUAAAGUUGUUGGUUAGCAAAUGGCUUCCCAUAUUGCAUACUCUUAAUAUUAAAAAGUUUAUGCCUUGUUUAUUACCCGGAUUAUUUAUUUAGGUAAAUACUGAUUGGUUAAAGAAAUGGGAUGUAUUCUUUUUCCAGUUCUGGACAAUUGUUGACUUAGUUACAAGCCUAGCUAGUCAGCUAGGUCAAGCCCUCAAAAGAUUUUUCUUUUUUUCUUUUAUAAAACAACAUUUUCAGUUCAUGAAUCUUUUGGAAAUUGGUUAAUGCGUUUUGUUUGUUCAUUAAAUGAAGUAGAAAAGAAAACAGCAGGCCUCCGUGUCUCUCUGGGACAACUAGCAAACCAUCACAUUAGCAUUGUAGAGGCUCUAGGUGAGACAAAUGGCGACUCUGACUCAGCAUUGCACAAAGGAAAUAGCUGUAGAAGUGGAAAAGAAAAUGGCUUCCAUUCUACUUCCACUUAAAAUAAAAUCUGCUUCCUGUCCUGCAAGUGUUACAGAAUCCAGACAGAGUCACCGGUUUAUAUAAACAGUAUUGGAACAAAUCGUAGGAAAGUGUGUGCGAUGUGAACGGAAAAGAUAAAGCACUUUAUGUAUCGUUUUAAAGCACGAAGCAGAGGAGUGUGUUGAUGAGAGAGAGUACAUUACCGAGGAGAGUAUUUAACGUGCGAGAGGAUCUUUUUAUUUUUUAUUGUUGACUAGAUCAUCUCUUAUAAAUCAGGUGCUUUGUGUAAAUCACUCCAACUGCAAAAUGUACACGGUUACUGAACUUUCCAGAAUGUUUUUACUCCAGUAGUGUGCUUCGUGCCGAUGUCAUUCGAUUCAUUUCUUUUGCUUUGCUUUUCCACUUUUUUAUUAGUUUGUGGCUUGAACAUUUUCUCCGCUGUAGUUUGCUGUGUUUUCUCUGUUCGAGAUGCUGUUUAAGACAUUGGUAGAAACGAGUGUUGCGAAUUGACUGCCUGCUGCCUGUUUACACUGAUUUAUUUAUUAAUAAUGUUUCUGUAUGGAAAUAUAUUGUUCCAGGUUAAAAACAAUACAGUUAGUCAGUGCAGAUACAAAUUAUUCCUUUAUUUUAUUUUAUUUAUUUUUAUUUUAUUUUAUUUUUUUUUUUUUUUUUUUUUUUUUUUAAAUUAUUUUGUUUUGUGUUUUGAGGGCCAUGUCCGGAGUUGAUCAAGUCCAAAAUGCAAUAAUAUAUUCAUAUUUAUAGUAGCUGGUGUACUUCCUGCCCCUGAGGUUGCCAGAUUUAUUUUUAUUGUUUUUCAAUAGUUUCUAUACUUCCUAAAAAAUUUAGAAUUUGUGAAUUUACAGAAUAAAUUUAUAUCAGUGUUUCAGACAGUAGCACUGACUCCUUCCUGGUCUAAAUAACAAUUGGCUCAGUUCUUCCAUUUAAGCCUUUCUUUGUGUGUUCUCACAACUCAACUCUGAACAUGGUCCUCACCCUUUCUUUUGUGUGUGCAUUCCAUACAUUAGAUUUCCUAGAUGAUUUUUUUUUUGCAUUCUUUUUCUUCUGGACCAUUCAAUGACAAUAAUUUAUGAGAUUUUAUUUCCACAAAUGUCCUGGCAGUCGCUGUUACUGUAUUCCUUUUGUCAUUUAAAUGUCUCUUGUUUAUUGUGAUCACUCCUGCUGGUGUGUUUGACCAAAACUACUUCGAGUGUGUGAUCUAGAUCUGGACGACUUGAAUGAUUAAGUUUCAGCUGCUGUUGUUAAAUCACUUGUUAAAGUCAGGAUUGUGUAAACAUGCAGUUUCUUGUAAAUCAGCACAAUAAUGAUCGUAGACGAUGAUGAUGAUGAUGAUGAUGAUGAGUAUCCAUGUAACACACAAACAUUACUUCCUCUAUAGUCCUAUAGUGGUAUGAUGGACAGUUGCACAUAAAUCAGUCUUACAGUUUAUUUUUCUUGUCCAUGUUCUAGAUUUGUGAACUUUGAUUUCUACCACCACAUGACUUAACCCGUAGCAAAGGUCAGCACAUUUGGAUUUUAACGAACAUGUUUCUUUUCCGUUUUUCACUUUGUUUUUAGAGCAGUUUUGAUCUCUAGGACAGAAGGAUAGAUUUAUAAUAUAAUGCACUGUAUAUAUAUGUAUAUCUGCAGUGUACACUGACACAGAGAGCGAGUCUGCGCUGUGCGCCCGCCUCCUCUCGAACCCGAAACACUUUGCCUCGUAGAGACUGAGUGGCUUUUUGAUCUAUGUGAAUUAGGCAAAGGUUGAAUAAAACACUGGAAAAAUGAAA